AUGGAUUUACUUCGCAAUCGACGCAAACAAGCAGCGUCAACGGAGCCCUCGAUCGAGUCCUCUCUUGAUGUAACGUCUCUCCCUUCCCUCUCUGGUUCCGUGAACCCUCCAGAGCCAUGGGAGGAAGUGGACAUAUCAUCUAGCGACUAUGCCCGCAGGCGCAGGGAGCUUAUGGAGAUGAUGGUUGACCUCCGAUCUAUGGGUGCCGACGCGUUGAUCGCCUUACCAUCCGUGGUCGUAAUUGGUGGCCAAUCCGCGGGCAAAAGUUCACUCGUCGAGGCCGUCAGUGGGAUCAACGUCCCAAGAGAUAGCGGAACGUGUACAAGAUGCCCUAUGGAAUGUAACAUGUCUAGUCAUGCCACGUCGUGGUCGUGCACUAUCACCCUACGUAUCGGUUUCGAUAGUAACGGCCUAGAUCUCCAAAAGCCUACUAAUGUGCGAUUUGGCCCAAAGAUCACUGACAGAAGUGAAUUCGAAGUUUGGCUGCGUCGUGCUCAAGCAGCCAUUUUGAACCCAAACGUUCCUUCUUCGACUUUCCUCACAAAGACCAUCGAGGAACUUAGGAACAUAAAAAACACAUUGAAGUUCUCCCGCAAUGUGGUGUGCGUCUCGAUUGAAGACCCCGAUGCAACUGACCUGUCAUUCUAUGAUCUACCUGGCAAGUACAUACUCUUCCGGAUUGAGAUGAUGUAUCUGAUGGGCAGUGAAGGCUUAAUACAAAACGAAGAAGCUGAAAUCGUCGCUUUGGUGAAAUGUUUGGCGGAACAUUACGUCAAGAAGAAAAACACUAUCAUAUUGACUACGAUUCCCAUGAGCGAUGAUAUGGAAAAUCAACAAUCCAUGAGUCUCGCCAGGGCCGCAGACCCCACUGGAUGGCGAACUAUCGGCAAGUCACCCAUAGCGUACUUACGAAGCCCGACACACUCGGUACUGGAGCUAUCAACCAGCGUCGCAAAUGGGUGGAAAUCAUUGAAGGGUCAUUCGGAGGAGCACACACUGAGACAUGGUUUCUACUGUGUGCGUCUUCCCGAUGAUGCGGAACGUGCACAACGCCUGUCUCGUGCUGAAUCGCAAAGGCGUGCUGCUGAAUAUUUUGACACGACGUCGCCCUGGAAGGACGUGAUCGACCGUCGUCGGUUUGGAAUUCCAGGCUUUGUCUCCGACAUAAGCCGACUGCUCAUUCGAUUGAUCGAGGAAGCUUUACCGCGUCUCAGAGAAGAUGUCGAUGCGCUCCUCGCCAAAUGUACCAAGGACUUCGAUGAACUACCCCCACCCCUUGAAAAUGACCCACAAAUUGAGGUUUUGGGACGAGUGAAUGCGUUCUGCGAUGACUUCAAGAGCUUUGCGAAUGGUAGUCACGAAGACAAACGUCUUGCGCAGCGGAAUCGUGCUCUCUAUGCUAUUUUCAAGAGGGAUAUACGCGGCACUGCUCCUGACUUUAGGCCUUUCAAUGAACCGAAAGGCUAUGUUCCACUGGACGAUAUUGAAGAGAAUAUGACUCUUACUGAGCGAGACCCAGGCGUGAAGGUGAUGGGCAUAUACGAUAUCCGCAAGGUCAUCCAAGAGGCAAUUGGAUGGGAGCUUCCGAACAACGUGCCAUAUCAGGCGAAGGCAAACCUCAUUGCUCAAUUCACCAAACUUUGGGUUGCUCCGUCUGAGCGCUGUUUCGUUGGUGUCAAUAAAGUACUUGAUCAAGUCAUUGACACACUCAUAAGCACCCAUUUUGGACGCUUCAAAGUUCUUGAGGAAUAUUUUGGCAAUUUGAUUCGAGUUCAAGUUGACAUCUGCAAGGCGCGUGCCCAAGACGCUGUCAAAACAGCCUUGGAAUUGGAAACCACUACUCCACACUAUACUCAGAACACGCACUAUCUUCAAACGCUCCGCGACAAAUGGCUGGCUUAUUAUAAGACAGUUCGGAGUAGACCUUCUAUGUACAGGGCUCCCAUCCGCCAUAUUGGGGAGGCCGUGGGACCCAUGGCAUUGGGACCUUGUCCGCCCAAUAUCCUCAAUCCUUCAACUUGCCCAAGUCCUGAUAUCGAUCCCACACUUGACUUUGCAUGCGAUGGGCCAAAGUCUAGUUUUGCCAAGAGUCCUGCUAGGCCUAAUGGUGCCAAGUUUGAGACGCCCGAUUCCAAAGCUUUGAGGGCUCUUGCAGAAGCGGGGUAUGCAGGUCUUCAGGUUUCAAAUCUUGCACGGUUGUUACCUCCCGACUCAUUUGAGGAGGAACUGGUUGUGAUGGCUGACGUUCGAGCCUAUUAUCACGUUGCCUACAAGCGCAUCAUUGACCAUAUUCCUUUCACGAUCGAGCAUGCUCUCCAUCAUGCCCUAGCAAAACAACUUUCGCAAAGCCUUCUCACGAGCUUGCUGACUGAUGCUGCAUCUGGGCCCAACUUCUCUGAGCGUAUGAAGGAGUUGAAAAGAACGCCUAUUGGACAUUCGCCGGAGACUCAUGUGCAUGAUCCCCAGUGA